UCUUCUUUUCGGCUUUUAUCCCCGCCCACGCGAUCGCUCGACCGUGCGGCCGCUCCUCCUCUUGCCUGCUUUCCCCAUUCCGUAUUCUCACUCCCAAUCGUCGCCGGAGGCCAUGAGGAAGGGCGGAGCUGCCCAAAGGGGUGAGGCCGGAGGAGGCGAAGAGGCGGCGGCCGCGCUGGCGGCGGUGGAGGAGGAGGAGGAGGAGGAACAAGAAUCCUCCUCUUCGGACUCCGGGAAGCUCUACGAGGCGUACAAUGAGCUCCAUGGGCUGGCACAGGAGUUCGAGACGCCCUUCGAGGUACCGGCGGUGCUGGUGGUGGGGCACCAGACCGACGGGAAGAGCGCGCUCGUGGAGGCCCUCAUGGGUUUCCAGUUCAACCACGUCGGCGGCGGCACCAAGACCCGCCGGCCGAUCACCCUUCACAUGAAGUACAACCCCGGUUACCGCGUCCCGGUCUGCCGCCUCGUUUCCGACGCUGACCCCGCCGUCGCCAGUCGCAUGUCCCUUCCCGAGAUCCAGGCUUAUAUUGAAGCUGAAAACAUGAGGCUGGAGAGUGAUCCUUGUCAGUUUUCAGAAAAAGAAAUCAUUAUUAGGAUAGAGUAUAAGUACUGCCCAAAUCUUACCAUCAUUGAUACACCGGGUCUUAUUAUUCCAGCUCCAGGUCGAAGGAACCGAACUUUACAGGGACAAGCUCGUGCAGUGGAGGCACUUGUACGAGCUAAAAUGCAGCAUAAAGAGUUAAUCAUUUUAUGCCUUGAAGAUUGCAGUGAUUGGAGUAAUGCCACAACACGCAGAAUAGUGAUGCAAAUUGAUCCUGAGCUUUCAAGGACUGUCAUUGUAUCCACAAAGCUCGACACAAAAAUUCUGCAGUUUGCACGGGCUUCAGAUGUUGAAGUUUUUCUUAAACCACCUGCUUGUACAUUGGAUGGCUGUUUGUUAGGUGGUUCACCCUUCUUCACUUCUGUGCCAUCAGGGAGAGUUGGUUCUGGGAGUGAAGCUAUUUAUCGAUCCAAUGAGGAGUUUAAGAAAGCCAUCUGUUUGAGAGAAAUGGAAGAUAUUGUGGCUUUAGAGGGAAAGCUAGGUAGGUCAUUGUCAAAGGAGGAAAGAAGUAGAAUAGGUGUGAGCAGCCUUAGAUUAUUUUUGGAAGAAUUGUUGCAGAAAAGGUAUAUGGACAAUGUUCCACUAAUCAUUCCACUUUUGGAGAAGGAACUUCGGAGCACUACGAGGAAAAUACGUGAAACUAACCAAGAAUUCAGAAAUUUGGAUGAAGCAAAAUUGAAGGAAAAGGGACGUGCAUUCCAUGACUCUUUUUUGACCAAGUUAUCUUUGUUAUUGAAAGGCACAGUUGUGGCACCUCCUGAUAAAUUUGGAGAAACAUUGCUGGAUGAGAGGACUAUGGGUGGACCUUUUACAGGAACUGACAGUCUUCAGCUUCCACACAAGAUGAUGCCUAAUGCUGGAAUGCGUCUUUAUGGCGGUGCGCAAUACCAUCGUGCAAUGGCAGAAUUUCGUCUUGUUGUUGGAGGUGUCAAGUGUCCUCCAAUUACUAGGGAGGAGAUAGUAAAUGCAUGUGGAGUUGAAGACAUUCAUGAUGGAACGAACUACUCUAGGACUGCCUGCGUAAUUGCUGUUGCCAAAGCUCGUGAUACCUUUGAGCCUUUCCUUCAUCAGUUGGGCUUUAGGCUUCUAUACAUUUUGAAGAGGCUACUGCCGAUUUCCGUGUAUCUGUUGCAGAAAGAUGGAGAGUAUCUUAGUGGCCAUGAAGUAUUUCUGAGACGUGUUGAGACAGCCUUUAAUAAUUUUGCUGAAUCGACUGAACGAUCAUGUCGUGAAAAAUGUAUGGAAGACUUAGUGAGCACUACACGAUAUGUCACUUGGUCUCUUCAUAACAAGAAUCGGGCUGGAUUAUGCCAAUUUUUGGACUCAUUUGCUAGCUCAGAGCAGUAUAGCGCUAGCACCAUCUCUUCAGGUGUUCAACAGGAACAAUACUUGGCUCUGAAUGACAACAAAUCUGAUAGAUCGAAGCCAGAUUCAAAACCUAACCAUUCUAACCCAUGUUCUGACUCGAUUCCAUGCAAUCCCACAGCAGAAACAAGGCUGGUUGAUCUUUUGGAUAGCACACUGUGGAACCGAAGACUGGCUCCUUCAUCUGAAAGAAUUGUUUAUGCCUUGGUAUAUCAAAUUUUUCAUGGGAUCAAGGAGCAUUUUCUGGUAUCUACAGAAUUAAAGUUCAAUUGCUUCUUCCUGAUGCCGGUUGUCGACAAGUUGCCAGCCCUUCUGUGGGAAGACCUGGAAUCUGCAUUUGGAGAUGACUUGGACCAAAUUUUUGACAUAACUCAGCUACGCCACUCUCUCGGACAGCGCAAGCGGGAAUUGGAGAUCGAAUUGAAACGGUUACAGCGGCUGAAGGAGAAGUUUAGAGAGAUAAAUGAGCAGUUGAGUUCUUAUCUCGUCCGACCAUAGCGAUUUCUAGCCUCAGUAGAGCCACAAUGCAGAUGCAGAUGUCAGCGUUCUUUAUCGAUCCAAUUGGACUUGUUAUUGUAGAUAGAUGUAAAGCCUUUGUUCAGUAAGAACAAAGAAUUAUGUCAUCUAUUUCUACGAUUUCAAUCGGAUUGGGAUCAACAAUAAAACAACCCAACAAGAAUUAUUUGUCUCCUACAGGAUGUUACUUUUAAGAAAUACUAUUGUUCUAUGGCGAUGCACAAUUAGUGCACUUUCUUAUAUAUCCAUUAACUCGUUCUCUUACGCCGUUGACAUUGGGCAUUAGGCUUUAUGAUCUCUUGCUGUCGGUCAAUACGGCACGGAGUCAAACCCUAAUACGAUUUAGUGGUGAUUUCAUAUAGCCACUUCCUCUCAUGCUCAAUAUAUAAUUAAGUCGAUUUUAAAGUUAUUAGUGAUUCCAUGAGAUAACUAAUAACCUUUUAAGCUUAAAUUGUUAAUCCAAUUAAUUUUAAUUUCAUUAGUCAUAAUCUACUUGACGGUAUAAAUGAGGGAUUAAUUUAUUGACCUUUUGCCCUCCAUCAGUGCGUGUGCUGUCGCAAAAGUAUUUUCUGGUAUCUUUCGUUAUCCAGAAUACAAAAUUAGGGUUUGCGUGCGUUUCGCGCCCGUGACUCACCGCCACCUCAUCUCUUGGUGGCCGCGAUGAGGAGCCGAGGGACGCCGGGAAGCUCUACGAGGAGUACAACGAGCUAGCUCCACGGGCUGGCGCAGGAGUUCGAGACGCCCUUCGACGUACCGGCGGUGCUGGUGGUGGGGCACCAGACCGACGGGAAGAGGGCGCUCGUGGAGGCCCUCAUGGGUUUCCAGUUCAACCACGUCGGUGGCGACACCAAGAUCCGCUGGCCGAUCACCCUCCACAUGAAGUACAACCCCGGUUACGUCGUCUCGGUCUGCCGCCUCGUCUCCGACGCCGGCCCCACCGUCGCCAGUCGCAUGUCCUUUCCCGAGAUCCAGGUUCUAAUAAAUUUAAUUUCUCAUGGAUAUUGUCACCUAGAAAAGCUGGGAGAGGGAAUGAGCAUGAAUAAUCAAGUGUCCUGUUAUCCAACAUCAUCGCACCUUCAACCCUAGCAAGCAAAAGCCUUGAUCCAUCAUAAGGGGAUCAAGAGAGAACUAUCUUGCCUUUCACCAAAUCCUUGCCCAGUUGAGUGUAGUUCUUGCAAAUGAGAACAAAUCGAUAAGAGAUUGCUCAAUUGAUUACAACUCACAGGAGCUCCUGACAAUGAGAUGAUCUCAACGUGCUACCUUGGCAGAAAUGUCCCAUCACCAAAGUAUAUGAAGGGGUAAUGUUUCUUCUGUGUUGAUGGAAACUCCAUGUCAAAUGAAUCAGAACUUUCAUCAAUUGUAGAGAGAGAGAGAGAGAGAGAGAGAGAGAGAGCUGAAACAACUCACUACAAUGGUCCUUCAAUCUCCAAUAACCAGUGUUUCAAUGAAGCUGCGAUUGAUGCUACUUGCAGAUGACAUUAGCAUCUAUGGCGCAACAUUACCUACCAUGUCACAACCAUUGCACGUUCGUUGUCGCUAUAGAUUGACGUGAGAAUCCCCUUCUUUAUCGCGUGGAAUACACCAAUGGCUAUUGAGUCCUCAAGUAGUCACUCGCAUGAUCACUAUUGAUCGAGAUGGAGAUAAUGUCCACCCCAUUCGUGAUCGUGUUGUCGAAAGCAAUCAACAAGUCUUCCCCUACACACCUCGUUAGCUAGCAGACUUUGUACACCGCAAGCCUGGUAGAAGGCACUGUGCCUCUGGUUGUCCCUCCGGUAAGGCCAUACAGGCUAAUGUUGUGGACGCUUCUUUCGGCCAUAAUUGAGAUAGUGUGGGUGCCAUGGCUAUCAUAGUCCUGUGGAGAAGCUUCAUGAGUCGUGUCAUUGUAGCUGUUGAAGUAACAUGUUCCAAUGAUUUUGCUAGCACAACACAGCUGGUCUCAGUAGCGUGCUUCAAGCAAGCAAUAACUGAGAUGAUGAACGAGAGUUGAGGAGGAGAUUGAUGCAUUAUUAGGUGUGUGCACACUUGAUCGUUCCAGACCUGAUGUAGUGGUUGGGGAAAAGCAGAAACUAAGUAUACUCUUGAAAUGUAAACCUUCAUUUUAUUCUCUCCCCCCGUCAUCUCCUUUGCUCUGCUCAUAUCCAUUGCUGGUGCUGAUGAAAGAAAGAUUAGCAAGUAUUAGAGAUAUCCGUGCCAGACAUGGAAUGACUUGGUUUUGUCUUGCUGGUUUAUAUUGCCUACAUGGGAGAUUUGCCCUCUUCGGAUUACUUAGCAGAUCCUCACCAUUAUCUUCUGAAUCAAGUACUCGAGGUCCGGUAAUUAUUUUUCUCUCCUGCAAAUAUUUUUGUAACUUAACGACAAAUGUAUGAAGGAUUACACUUGAUUUGAUGACUUGUGUGUGUGUCUAGAUGGUGCAGUUCUUCCAUGGAGUCUUUGAGCCAUAUCUAUAGAAGCUUCAAUGGAUUUGAGGCUAGAUUUACUGCCAAAGAUAUAUAUAUAUAUAUAUAUAUAUAUAUAUAGAGAGAGAGAGAGAGAGAGAGAGAGAGAGAGAGAGAGAGAGAGAGAGAGAGAGAGAGAAAAGACUACCAGCUAGAAUUAUAUAUAUAUAUAUAUAUAUAUAUAUAUAUGGAUUUGAGGCUAGAUUUACUGCCAAAGAUAUAGAAAGAAUAGCCAGUAUACAUACUUGAUAUAAUCAUACUUUUCACCAUAAUUCUAGCUGGUAGUCUUUUCUCUCUCUCUCUCUCUCUCUCUCUCUCUCUCUCUCUCUCUCUAUAUAUAUAUAUAUAUAUAUAUAUAUAUAUAUAUAUAUAUAUAUAUAUAUAUAUCUUAAAUGUCGUUCAGAGCAUGAAACGAAAUUUGCUAUUGGAAAGAGAUGUCAUCGUUGGCGUGAUCGGGACUUGUAUCUUGCUGGAAUCUGCAUCUUUUAGCAAUAAAGGAUUUGGACCUUCGUCGAGAAGAUGGAAGGGCUCUUGUGAGAACUUUAAAUGCAACAACUACAACGACACGACUCAAGAAGCUUCUCCACGGGACUACAAUGGCCAUGGCACCUGCACUGCCUCAAUUGUGGCCAGAAGAAACGUGCACAUUGUUAGCUGUACAGCCUCACCGGAGGGACAACCAGAGGCACAGCGCCUUCUACCAAGCUUGCGAUGUACUAAGUCUGUUGGCUAGUGGGGUUUGCAGGCGAAGACUUGUUGGUUGCCUUUGACCACGCGAUCACAGAUGGGGUGGACAACAUCUCCAUCUCGAUCAGUAGCGACCAUGCGAGUGAGUACUUCGAGGAGCCGAUAGCCAUUGGUGCGUGCCACGCGAUAAGAAGAGGAUUCUCACAUUAGCCUAUGGUGGCAAUAAUAGGCAUAGUGGUCGUGGCACGGUAGGUAAUGUUGCGCCAUGGAUGCUAGUGUCAGUUGCAAAUAGCAUUGAUCAUCGCUUCAUAGACACAUUGGUUACUGGAGAUCGAAGGACCAUUCUGGGAGCUUCCAUCAACACAUUCCCUACAGAGAAGAAAUUUUACCCCUUCAUAUCCUUCGAUGAUGGAACAUUUCCAUCGAGGGAUUGGAGCCUUUGUUUGCUGGGGCUAAAGGUGCGGUGAUGUUGGAUAACGAUAUGUUUGAUUGUCAACUUUUCCAUUUGGCUAUUCUGAACGUAAGAAGUUUAUGGAGUACAUCGACAAGACCAACAAAGUUCAACUUUCUUCCUAAUUAGUUCACACUAACAUUAUCAACUGUGCUUAUAUCUGCUUCUGGAUUCAGGAAUCCCGUGGCUAAUGUACACAUGAGUAAAACAGUAUUUGACUCUAAGCUCUAGUUGAUGUUCAGGAA